GUUUCAGUUUCAAAGAACACAGCUGCUUGGAUCUCUUGGCUACAUGGUGUUCUCCAACAGGAAUUGGUUUGGAAAACAAGGCCUUGCUGAACAAGGGUGGCACUGAGAAGAAUCGUCUGACCUUGGAAACAUAACUUUUUUUUUUUUAGGUCAAGCAGACACGUCCUGUGCAGCCAUGAGUGGUGUGGACUUGCGGGCGCUCACCCAGCCUGUGGGCAUCAUGCGAAUAAUGGCGGCCAUUCUCACCUGUAUGUGUUUUAGCCUGGUGGCAACAACGGGAUACGAAACAUCUACCUACUGGGCGUGGUGCAUGUUCACCUGGUGUUUCUGCUUCUUCUUCAGCCUCCUCAUUCUCAUCCUGGAGUUUACAACUGUCCAUGCCAAAUUACCUUUUGCCUGGGAGGAUUUCACCACUGCCUUUGCCAUGUUGGCGACCCUCAUGUGUCUUUCCGUCUCCAUCAUAUACCCCACAUUUUACACCUGCAAGACCUGCCACCGCGAGAUCGGAGCCUCUGUUGUGUCCUGGGUUUGUUUCGGGGUGUACGCAGGCGAGGUGGUUUUAACUCGCCUUCGUCCGAGCGGGGAGAACAUCGGGUUCCUCUCCACGUUGCCCGGCAUCAUGAAGAUGCUGGAGACGUUCUUCGCCUGUCUCAUCUUCAUGUCCCUGGAGACGGCACAGUAUUCAAGCUCCCCAGGACUGCAGUGGUGCGUGGCCACAUACUCCUUGUGCUUCAUCUUCGCCCUCCUCAUAAUGCUGCUCACCAUUGCACAGCUGACCUCUUUUGUUCCGUUCUUUGACAAGCUUAUGAUUGUAUAUAACAUUUUGGCGGUGGUGAUGUAUACAACAGCUAUGGUGAUCUGGCCACUGUACAGUUUCCGCAACAGUAAGAGACCCAUUAACUGUGGCCACCUGUGUCCCUGGGAUAAACUGGUGGUGAUCACCUUCAUGACGAUAAUCAACUUUAUUGUUUACACCCUGGACACAAUUUACUCCAUAAGCCUUGUGUUCUUUGUAAGCAAUGAGUGAAGCUGCUGCCUCUCAAAACCAACGUGAACUGAGAAGAAGCAGGGAUGUAAUUGAUUGGCUGUUCUUUUAGACACAAUGCUGAAUGCAAUAUAUUCUGCUAAAGAUGCGUGAUUACAAAAAGUACAUGUUGGGUGACAGGCAUACUAUGUAGAGUUUGUUAAUGAUUAAAACUCUUCUAUCACUGUUGUAAAAAAAAAUUAAAAGCCUGGUAGAACUUUGGAUCCUGAUGUAGAGUGACCAAACAGUGCAGCUAAUAACACUGAGCACCUACUUUAGUUUUUAUAGCACUGAGUCAUAUUCAAAUAAGGCCACAUGCCAACCUAUGUGUACACUUUACUGCUUGUCAUGUCAUUAUUCGUGGGUGGCCUGCUGAUUAAAGGCAUAGACAUUUUGAUUGAAAAUACAUGCAGAGAGUCAGAGGAGUAGAUUGAUAGCACCCUCAUGGUCUUCUCAUCUAAUGCUCCACAAAAAAAGCUUCUUUUU